AUGGGCAACUGCGGCGCAUGCGGGGUCUCACGACAGAGGUUCUUCCUCUCGCGCUCGAGAUCGGUCGUCUUGUUUGAACGAUUUGGCCACGAGCUCUACUUUAUGCCGGUCUCGUCCAAGGCGCGCAACUACGCUUCCAAUGCGUCGGCCACCGGCCUGCGUCGGACGAGUAAGACACAGUUUCUCAUCGUCGCCGCAGUCGUUGUCGGACAAUCGGCAGAGUACAAGAAGAACGCACGUACGCUCAAGGCACUAUCGGAGAGCUAUCACUCUGUCCACGGCGUGGCUGCACACGACUCUGUCAUCAACUAUCCCGAGAUUUUUACCGAUGUGAUGUAA